UGGGAUGGAGUGAGCAUAAGGAUUGGAGUUUGGGCAUAAAAGGGUAGCUUUCAACAAACGCCAGGGAACAUAAUUCAUACGGACUUCGAAUCCAGCUGGAUGCUUGUUGGUAACCUCUUUGAAUAUCUGGGGAGUGAUGUUGACUUUGUGAUUUGGAAUGGCCAUUUCCUACUCCCAGCAUGCAAUGUAAACCAAGUGGUACUACGAUGCUGAUACCUAUAUCCCAUCAUUCCCCAUCAGUGUUUUGUACACAGACUCGUGCUUCAUUUCCUCUCAAACCGCACCCUUCUGUUCCCAACGAACAUUCCCAGGAAAUCCUCAUCAUCUCUGUUCUUGCCCUUUCCCCACCAUCCACUUCCGUUAUUCUCCUUCUUCUCUACAAUCCAGCAAACCUUCACACUCUCCCUGCCCCAGAAAUCCUUCCCAAGCACAACCUUUCCGUGCAUGCUCCCAACACCGUCAAGCCCCUGACAAAGUCUAGCCUCAACCUCAACCUUCAGAAUCUUGUUUUCCGUAUCCCGGAUCUCAAGAGGGAGAAUCACACAAUCAUACCCCUUAACCGCCUUCUCGCCUGGAAAGACAGAUGGGGACGGUGGUCUAUGUGGAUAUGUUUUAUCCAGCAGGAAAGAGAAGUUUUUGUUCAAAGUCGCGAAUGUGAUGUAGGAGCGCGAACAAAGAGGAUCCAGGCGAAUCUCGAGUGUUGGUGUGAGGGUGUGGGUGAGUGGUUUGUUGCGCGUGAGGAGAGGAUUUUCCGGUUCGUUGAUGGUAGUCAUUGUUAUGAUGUCUCAACUUAUGUCGUAAUACGACGAGUAGGUGUGUCGUUGGCUAAGUAGCAUUGGAUGUUUGAGUGGGAAGUUUGUGUUUCUGGUUUGUUCUUUGCGUUUCUUGCUUGCGAAUUGGUUUGCGCUUUUUAUGAUUCAGAAAUCGGUUAUUGGCCUGAAUGUUUUGCAGAUCAAAUA